AUGGCAACUUUAAGUGUUCAUGAGUUUCAGACCAUCAAGAGUGGGCAACACAUAUUGGCUAGUAUUACGGUAGGGAAUGUCCAACAAGGCCAUAAGGAUCAUACUAAUGCUGUGCAUGCUGGUUGGGCAAUUCAGCCAUCUCUCUACGGUGACAGCAAAACUCAUUUUUCUAUAAGAUGGACGGCUGAUGGAUACAGAUCAACCGGGUGUAUUGACUUAAAUUGCAAUGGAUUUGUACCAGUUAACUAUGCUCCAAUUACCCCAGGAGAUAGUUUGGAGGGGCAAAAUAAGAUAUCAAUAAAGAUAUUGAAGAAAAAAGAUGAUGGAGAUUGGUGGUUAUACUAUGGCCAUGAUGGGCAAAACAUUGCUCCCGUGGGAUUUUGGCCAAAGAGUCUUUUCAAUAGGCUAGCGGAUCAUGCGAAUAUGAUUCAUUGGGGUGGUUACACAGGAUCUUUUCAGGGGGAUCUUAGCCCACCAAUGGGGAAUGGGCGGUGGCCAGGAGCAAAUUCUGGGACAUUUCAAGAUGCACAGUAUAUCAAUGAUGAUGGCCAAGGCUAUGCUCCCUCUCCUUCGCCUCAUUCUGAUGUGAGCCACAAGAACUGCUAUCAAAUUGGCGCAUUUACUAAUGGCAUGUUUUCCUAUGGGGGCCCCGGAGGUUGUACUAAUUAG